UAUUGGCUUCAGGAUGGCAUGCAAUGAACGCAUUUUUCACGUGUUUGACAAUAUCGAAGUCAGAGCUUUUGGGAAAGCUUGCGGGUUGUCGCCCCUCCUGAGGACCGAUGAGUGAUGAUGACUGGUUGACUGACCGCCAGACAGCGCUCUCCAGGCCAGCUACGAGCGAGAAAGAGCCGAGCCAGAAGGUGGUUGCACCGCCAAAGCUCUUGCAGCGGCCAAAAGCCGAAGAGUCCGCUCGCAAUUCCGAGAAGGUAGAGACGCCCGCCCCCAAGACACUCAAGCAAAAGGAGGCGGAAUAUGCUGCUGCCAGAGCUCGCAUCUUCGGCUACAGCGGCGGAAGCGGGCGAGGACGCGGAAGGUCGAACCAAGGACGAGGGCAAUCUCGAGUUCAGACCACUUCCAUGGAAAAGCCGCGCAGGGACACCGAUGAUCCGGUCCACUCCUGCAAGUUCUCCGCCUGCAUGCGCUUCCGUCCUCCACCACGAACAGAUUACGAUCGAACUCCUCAUCGCUACGCUCCGCGCCUGGCUCCUGAGUCACUUGAGAGCUCGAGGUACGAGCCGCCUGCUUACGACACAGAGUUCCCUUCUUUGUGAGGAAUGCCCAGUUUCACGACCGCUAGCCGGAAUGUCACAAUUCGAUGAACAAGUGAGCCACUUGCAAGACUCAGUAGAGGUGUAGUCUGC